GUGGCGGCCGUCAUUACCAGGAGGUCCGUCUCGCCGGCGUCCGCCUCACAUCGCAGGAGGUAGCGGAGGCGCGCGCACGGUCCGGUGCGCAGUGUCCGACCGGUCAGCGGUCAGUCGUCGGUCAGCGGUCAGCGGUCGGUCAGCGUCAGUCAGCGGUCAGGGAGCGGAGCACCGACACCAUGAGGGCUCUCGUCCUUCUGGCGGUGCUGCUCGGAUCGGCGGCCGGUCCUCGUGUGGUGGCUGCCGAAAAGAGCAGCCGGCGAGCAGACGAUGCGGGAGGCUUCGGUUUCAACCCCUGGCAGCUCAUGAGCACGGUGAUCAACAUGGACGGCGUCAACAUGCAGAUCAUGGAGAACUCCAGCUUCCGCGGCGAAUCGCCCUUCGCAAAGCAGCGCCUCCUGAGCAGCAGCCAGGGCGACGACAGCGAGAAGGUGCCGCUCGACAAGCUGGCCGACAUGAUCGCCGACAUCAUCGCCAAGGAGAUGAAGAACGCUGGCGUCAAUGGUGACGACCUCGAUCAGUUCAUUGCCAACAACACCAGUCAGGACAGCGGAGACGAGCAGUUCCCCAAGGACGAUGAUAAGACAGAGGACGACAACGCGAAAACGACAGGCGACGACCAGGGAAGCGCUGGACCGAAUGAUAAAUUCAGCGGUCUGAUGCAGCUUUCAGCGCCUUCUCCCAGCGACGGCGAUCCGUCCAUCCCGCAAGGUGGCGGACCUGACGUGUUCGGCAACGGCACAGACUACUUCACCUGGCUGGAGGACGUCUUGAAGAAGCUCCACGACAAGUUGGCCGAAGACGGCAGCGUCGCCGACGACACGGCUCUAAAUGAGCGCCCCGGACAGAUGGAUGGAAAGCCGACUGGGGACCAUGUCCUCAGGGCUUCAAAGCCUGGGCCUGGGGCCAUCGCCAAAUUCGCUUCAUUCAUACGCGACUUCCGUUAUCAGAACAGCACAAUUAUCGGAGGCCAGCCGCAGCCACCACAGGUGGUCCCUAAAGCCUUUAGUCAUCUUCUCGGUGCUCCUAUGGACAAGGCUGAUGCCAGUACUAAGGCGCCUGCCCCCUCUCCUGGAGCCAUUGCCAACUUUGCUUCAUACAUCCGUGACUUCCGCUACCAGAACAGCACGCUGAUCGGAGGCCAGCCUCAGCCACCGAAGCUGGUCCAUAAGGCCUUGACUCAUCUUCUUGGUGCCCCCAUGGACAAAGCCGAUCCCAGUACUAAAGCGCACGACGAUUGGAAGGACUCUGAGGACAAGCACGGAGGAUUCGACAACAUCCCAAAGGCGGUGCCGAUGAUCGUCAUGUCCGGCAACACCUACAUCAAUGACGUUGGAACCUUCCGCAACACGUAUCAGUACGGCAAGCUUCCUGUACGUGUUCGCACUAUCGAGCCAAACGGAAACGACUCCGGUCUGGAGUUGGACGACUCUUCGGGAAACAAAAAACUCCAGUCAAGCAAACAUGACGGAGAUACGAGAGGACAACGACGCAUCAUGAGACUUUCGGCACAAGACCUGCAUGGUAAGGAUGACGGCAACACCUACAAUGGAGAAGUCCAUGGCCACGAUGACGGCAACACGUACAAUGGAGAGGUCCAUGGACACGAUGACGGCAACACGUACAACGGCGAAGUGCAUGGACACGAUGACGGCAACACGUACAAUGGAGAGGUUCACGGACACGAUGAUGGAAACACCUACAACGGAGAGGUUCAUGGACAUGAUGACGGUAACACCUACAAUGGAGGCCAUGAUGACGGCGGUACGUCAGGAAGUGGCAUCGUCCAUGGCCAUGAUGAUGGAAACACGUAUGCCGGUGACAUGCACGGCCACAACAACGGCGGAGGCAGUCGAGCCAUCCUCAAAUCCAUCUGGGACAUCUUCCAUGGACACGACGACGGUGAGACCAACAACAGUCCCGUCCACGGGCACGACGAUGGUCAAACUAACAACAGUCCAGUCCACGGUCACGACGAUUCGUCUUCAGCGCAAGACGACGGUGAGACCAACAACAGCCCCGUACACGGACAUGACGACGGGCAAACCAACAACAGUCCCGUACACGGCCAUGGUGAUUCCUCUUCUGUUCACGGACAUGACGACGGUGAAACCAACAAGAGUGCCGUCCACGGCCACGGCGACGGUCAAACCUACAACAGACCAGUCCACGGCCACGACGACGGCGGGCGUAUGCGCGCAUCGGCCGACGUUUCGGGGGCUGGCGGUGGACGCAGCAACAGCCUCACGAUGAUGGGUGUCACGCUCAUAGUGAUGGGCACGGCAGCCGUCAUCCUGGUUAUAAUGGGCGUCGUCACCGCCCACAAGAUGAGGAUCGGCAAAUUCCGCAGACAAGAUUACAUCGUCGUCUAGGGAGCAUUGCACGCAGCGUCAGAAGGGCAAGAGACUGUUGCUGCGUCCGAUGUUUGGAGCUCAGGUGCCCUUAGCGUUGUUGAACCAGUGCAUUUGACGGCCGCCUGUACCAGCCUGAGGUUGUGAUAGCCAGAGCUCGCCUCAUGACCGGACCAACUCCGGCAUGACAUUUACUUGCACAUUAAUGAUGGUUAAUUGGUAUAGUUCACUGCCCCCGUGCAGGGCCUCGAAGAGCUACAUAAACAUAUCUUGACGCUGACUCGUGACAUUCCUUUUUGUGCCGUUAAAUAUGUAAUGCGUAACCAUUAAUAAAAAGGUGUCAUGGCUUUUCUCCUUAUCCACUGUAUAACCGUGCUCACUGGGAUAUAGGAGAACAUAUGUAAAAGUGAUGGUCUGUUUUUUUUUUUAGAAAUACAUUUUUGACCUGAUUAAA